UGGGACUAGAAUUGCGGCUAGGGUUUGUACGUCCUCACACACUUCGCCCCCCACCUGCUUCGUCUCCACCUCCUACCACCGCCGCCGCCGCCGCCGCAACCUUAGCCCCCCGCUCCUCGACCUCGUCAGAGCCAUGGCGAUGCGGUCCGGCAGGAUGGUGUUGUAGCCAGAAGGGUCAGUUCCCCAGUCCCCACAUACAAGAACGCGAGUGCAGUGUGACCUUUGCCGCCGCCGUCUCCAUGGCGACCCUCAAUCCCUUUGACAUCCUGGGCGCCGUCGACAACGACGAUCCCACGCAGCUGCUGGCCGCUGCUGCGGCAGCGAAGCAGAAGGCCGAGGCGAAGAAGCAGGCGGCGGCGGCCGCAGGAAAGGGCGCGCAGCCAGCCCCCGCCAAGUUGCCAACCAAGCCUGCUCCCCCCGCACAGGCCGUGAGGGAGUCUCGCAGCGGUGGUGCUCCCUCCCGUGGAGGAUAUGGACGCGGUGAACGCGGCCGUGGCAGAGGUGGGCGAGGUUAUGGCCAGAACCGUGACUAUGGCAGCGAAGACGCUAAUGGGUUUCAGGGAGCAUACGGUGCUGGAGGUGGUGCCAGAGCUGGAGGUGAAGAAGGUGCCCAGGACAAAGGCCCUCGGCCACCCUACCGUGGAGGCGGAGGAGGCCGGCGGGGUGGGUACCGUGAUGGUGAGUUUGGUGAUGACUCUGAGAGGCCACCUCGGAGGACCUAUGAGCGCCAUAGUGGUACCGGCCGUGGGUAUGAAAUGAAGCGUGAGGGUGCAGGCCGUGGGAACUGGGGAACUACCACUGAUGAAAUUAUCUCCCAGGAAACUGAGGAAGGCCUGAAGCUGGAUGAGAAGGCCCCUGUUCCAGAGAAGCAGGGUGCACUGGAGGAUGCUCCACAGGCAGAGGAGAACAAGGAUAGCAAGGACGCAAAUGCCGAAGAAGAGAAGGAAGAGGAUAAGGAGAUGACUCUUGAGGAGUUUGAGAAAAUAAGGGAGGAAAAGCGGAAGGCACUUCUUGCCCUAAAGACAGAAGAGAGGAAGGUUGAAGUUGAUAAGGAUCUUCAGUCUAUGCAGCCGCUUUCCAACAAGAAAGAAAAUGAUGAAAUUUUCGUAAAAUUGGGUUCUGAUAAGGAUGCUCUGAAGAAGAAAGAAAAUGCUGAACGUGAUGAGCGCGCUAAGAAGUCUGUGAGCAUCAAUGAGUUCCUGAAACCUGCUGAAGGAGAAAGGUUCUACGGUGGCCGUGGUCGUGGCAGGGGCCGUGGUGACCGUGGGGGCUUCAGAGGGGGAUAUGGUGGGGGUUAUCGUGCUCCACCAGCUGCUCCUGCAAUCCAAGACCAAUCCCAGUUCCCGUCGCUUGGUGGGAAGUGAAGCACCUACUGCCUGAAAACAUACUUUGCUGCCUGAAAACACAUACUUUCCUUGCUGUCAGCACCGAGUCCAGUUUGUCCGCAGAUUACUGUGCUACUGCUAAUCAGACAUAAUGCCGUCGCAUGUUGUUUAUUCCCCGCUGUGUCAGUCGAGAGUUCCCAGCUUUAUCUCAGUUUCGCGGCUAUUUGUGCUGAUACGCGAUUUUUUCUUCUGGAAUCCCCUUUUGUUCAAUUUUUUCAGGA